UAGACAUUCAAUCAUCAAGGUCACUCAAGACGUCAUUCAGUUAGAGGAGAGGUAUAGUCUCAUCUAGUUUUACACUAAAUUACUCGUUUAUCUAGUUGUUUGUGUUUCUUCACGAUCUAAGGUCUUAGAUUUUCUGACAUCUUAGGUCUGUCAUCCAAAUAAUAGUUUAUCGGCUUGUGCUAGUCUUCAUAACAGUGCUUUUGUAGCCACAGAAUAGUUUAUUAUCUUGUACUAGAAAACUUAACGAUUAGUUUCACUUCUUGCAGAAAGUAUUAACUAAUAAAGCCUUUUUGUAACAAUGUCUUCAAAUCCAAACGACGUGACAGAUCUUAUAGCAAAAGCUGAAAAAUGCUUAAAGAUAUCUUUACUAAAGAGGAGGCCUGAUUAUGAUGGUGCAAUCGAAUACUAUGGAAAGGCUGCAUUACUUCAUAGAAAUCGCAAGCAGUUAAAAGAAGCGGCUGAGACAUAUAAAAAGGUUGCUGAACUGCAUUUUAAAAAUGGGUCUUAUUUCCAUUGCGCCAAACAAUAUGAAAUUGCUGCACAAAUGUACCGUGAUUUGAAAGAUUUUUCACAAAUGGCUUCAUUAAUUGCUGAGGCUGGACUGAUGCUACGGCAAAAUGGCACUCCUGACUCAGCAUCAUAUGUUUAUGAACGAGCUGCCAAAAGCCUUGAAGAGCCAUUACCCGAACGUGCCGCUGAAUUUUAUGAAAGAUCUGCAGAUGCUUGUGAGAUAGAAGAAAAAUUUCAUGAAGCUGCAACACAGGCUAACAAUGCUGCUCAUAUAUGGGUUCGUUUAAAGCGUUUUAACGAAGCAGAACGUCUACUUCGAUUAUUUAUUGAUUACACAACAAGAGGUCACGCGGAUAGUGUUGGAGCUACGGUAGGUGGAUUUGCUGAUCCCAGUGCAUCACCAAAGCUGUGUGGUCGUGCUGUGACAGUUCUAAUAUUGAUUAAAUUGUAUAUGGAGGAUGAAGUAGCAGCCAAAAAGAUCUUCAAUGAAGCUGUUGAGCGAUGGAGAUUUCCGGAAGCUGAAGAAUUUUCUGCAGUGAGGCGACUACUAGCUGCCGUCGAUGAUAUGGAUCAAAAGGCUUGUGAAAUGGCAAUAAAGGAUCAGUGCUUCAAAAUGCUUGACCUAGAUUAUGCUCGUCUAGCAAAAGAAAUUAAAUUCCCUUAUAGUGAUAAUGUUUCUGAACAAAUACAAAAGUCAAAAGACAGUUUCAUUUCAACAUCAACAAAUUCAGGGAAUUUAAAUAAUCCAAUACAAGAUGGUAACCAAGGAGAUGCACAAGAAGAAGAAGAGGAAGAAGAGGAUAUUUGUUAAUGUAUUUUCUGAUUUCUUAUUGAAUCACUUGAUCUUUUCAUUAUUAUUUGAUAAGAAUUUCCUUUGAACUGAAAUCAUGACAUUACAAGGGAUAUACAUAUAUAUAUACUACUGAUAUACUCAUAUGAAUGCUAAUUAUUUAUUAGCUUUAUUAUACACAUUCCUAUAUUUUAGCGCAUAAUUUACCCGUAAUUACAGAACUUUCUCUAAUUAUUUAUAUUCUACACAUUUUUUUGUAUUCUAUAUGCUUUCCUUCUAUUUUUUUCUGUUGUUGUUGUGUAUAUUGAUGAAUUGAAUUAUUCAUCUGUGCAUUUCAAAUGUCUAAGAUAAUGCGAUGAAUAAAUAGAUACGUAAUAUAUUACUUA